CGACAAUAUAGUUCAACCAGUAAUGACUAUAUUGAAGAUGAACGACGAAAAUAUAAGGUGAAAGCAGCUCGUUCAAUUGGAGCAGAAAUCUUUUAUUUGUCACAGCGAACAUUACGUAAUGCUGUACGUAAUCCAGCAUUAGCAUUAUCACAAACUCUUGCUUCUAUUAUUAUUGGUUUGUUAGCUGGAUUAUUGUUUUAUGAGUUAAAGAAAACAACUGAACCUGGUGUUCAAAAUCGUUUGGGUGCAAUUUUUUUUAUUGUCAUCAGUCAAAUUUUUAGCAAUUUGACAGCACUUGAACCACUGAUUAAAGAACGUGUACUUUUCAUUCGCGAACAUUCAAGUGGUUAUUACAGAAUCUUCACGUUUUUUAUUGGCAAAUUAAUAUGCGACUUAAUACCUAUGCGUGUAAUACCAGCUAUAUUAUUUUCCAUUAUCUCUUAUUUUAUGACAGGCUUAACUCGAACUGGUGGACAAUUCUUUAUUUUUCUUGUAACAAUCUUUAUGGCCAGUCUAUUUGGAUCAGCUAUGUGCUUUUUCAUUUCGGCUACCAUAUCUAUCUUUGCUGUGGCUCUAAUUGUUGUUAUUCUUGUUCUUGUCAUAAUGAUGAUGUUUAGUGGAUUUCUUAUCGAUUUAUCAAGUAUUUUUAGUUGGCUGUCAUGGAUCCAAUGGAUUAAUGCAUUUCGAUAUGCUUCAAAUGUCCUUACUAUUAAUGAAUUUCAAGGUUUAACUUUCUGUUUACCAAAUCAAACUGAUUUUUGUUCAAUGACAGGUGAUGAGAUACUUGAUAAGAGAGCACUCGCUCAUGCUAUGCAUGGGAUUUAUGGAAGAAUUUUCUCGCAUUGA